AUGGUGUUCAUCGACUUAGAGAAGGCUUACAAUAAGGUGCCGAUGGAGGUGUUGUGGAGAUGUUUGGAGGCUAAAGGCAUUCCUGUUGCAUACAUUAGGCUAUUCAAGACAUGUACGAAGGGUGCUAAGACCCGGGUGAAGACAGUUGGAGGGGACUCGAAACACUUCCCGGUUGUGAUGUGGCUGCAUCAGGGGCCAGCCCUCAGCCCAUUUCUGUUUGCCCUUGCGAUCGAUGUGCUGACGCGCCACAUUCAAGCGGAGGUGCCAUGGUACAUGUUGUUUGCAUAUGACAUUGUACUGAUUGACGAGACAUGUUGUGGUGUUAACGAGAGGUUAGAAGUUUGGAGACAAACUUUGGAGUCUAUAGAUUUGAAGUUGUGCAGGACCAAAUAG